AUGGAAACCAUCGUUGUCGUCGCAGCUCUCUCGCUAUCCCUUAUUCUCUUUGUUCGCAGGGCUCGUCGUCCGCCUCUACCGCCUGGACCUAAAUCGUCUUGGUUUGGAUUUGGUCGACCCCCUGUGCCCGAGAUGUUUCCUUGGAAGACUUACGAGAAAUGGCAAAAAACCUAUGGCGAUCUCAAUUUCUACUAUGCUUUCGGGAGCCCUGUCGCGAUCAUCAACUCGCGCAAGGUCGCGGAGGACCUCCUCGAGAAGCGUGGUGCAAUCUAUUCCUCGCGGCCUACCCGUACGAUGAUGGGCGAUCUAAUGGGCUGGUCAUGGUCGUUUGGAGGAAUGGCGUACGGCGAUAGGUGGAAGAAGUAUCGCGGCACUUUCCAGAAACAUUUCCGCUCCAGCACGGUAGCUCGAUACGAGCCAAUUCAGCUCAAGGAGGUUCAGACCCUUCUUUUGAACCUGAAGCGUACUCCCGAGGACUUUGCACAUCACAUGCGGAGGAAUGCCGCAGCGCUCGUCAUGAAGAUCAACUAUGACCAUGACAUCUCAGAUGAGGGGGACGUCUAUGUGGACUUGGCGGAGAAAGCCAUGGCAAGCGUAGCCAAGGCAGCAAUCCACGGGACUUACGCGGUAGACUAUCUGCCCAUUUUGAAAUAUAUCCCGAGUUGGUUCCCAGGUGCUCUAUUCAAGCGGCAGGCAAAAGAAUGGCGCAAGUUAUCAGAGGCGAUGCUGCAAAAGCCGUUCGAGAUGGUCAAGCAGAAGAUGGCAUCUGGAAUGGCAGGGCCGUGUGUCACCACGCUGGAGAUUGAAGAGGGUGCCCAGCAGAAGGAUUUCGACGUGACGAUGACUCAGGGCAUUGCUGCUGUUUCCUACGCAGCUGGCGCUGAUACGACAGUUGCCGGCGUCAUUUCAUUCUUCCUUGCCAUGAUGACCCACCCCGACAUCCAGCUCCAGGCCCAGGCAGAGAUUGACCGCGUCGUGGGUACGGACCGCCUGCCCAACUUCGAAGAUCGAAACAGGCUUCCGUUCGUCACAUGCAUCACUUGGGAGAUCUUGCGAUGGAACCCUAUCGCGCCCAUAGGCGUCGCUCAUGCAACAGUGCAAGACGACGUCUACGAGGGCUAUUGGAUUCCAAAGGGCACGUCGCUCAUCCCGAAUAUCUGGAGAAUGUUCCACGACGAGGCCAAGUACCCAGAUCCGCACAAGUUCGAUCCACGACGAUUCGAAGACGAGGCCAAGAACGCCGAGCUCGGGAUCAACGAGCUCCCCCUGAUGACCUUCGGCUUUGGACGGCGCAUCUGCCCCGGCCGCUGGCUCGCGCUGGACACCAUCUGGAUCACCGUCGCGUCGGUCCUGGCGGUGUACAACAUCUCGAAGCCCAAGGACGAGAACGGCGUCGACGUCGAACAGGACGUGAAGUACGCCGGCACCGUCGUGAGCCGGCCAGAGCCAUUCAAGUGUCUGUUCGUGCCCCGUUCGAAGGAGGCUCUGGAUCUCAUCACGCAGGGAGGCGGGCAGAGAGCCGCAUGAUGAUCUAUCGAGCCCUCGAGGCUCCUUCGACAUCCUUCUGUAGUGAGUACAUACGAUGACGGACCAUGGUUUUACUGUAUAUACCGGUACUUCAAUGAACGCUUGGCACCCGGC